AGGAUACCCUAUUUUUGAGGACGACUCCAUGUCAACACGACACCUCGUUGACCUGGAAAUGGUCACUGUUACCUGCCGAAACGAAGCCAGACGAGUCGUGUCGGACAGUCGCCCUGCGCCGCCCUGCUCGCCCACGCUUCUUUGCGUCUCAGUCACGGACGACCGCAACCCACCUAAUCUUCAAUACACGAUGAGAGAUAUGAGAGCAACUGAAAAGAUACAGGUAGGGCCGGUCAUGGCUGCAGUUUUUGCUGUAAGGUAAUGCAGGAUUUCUUCCAGCUAGCAGGGCUUGCAUGGAUGUGUUGCAAUGUUUUACAUAGUGAGGCAAUUGCUUUGCAACGGCCGACCUUUUUGGACUCAGCCAUUUUUGGUCAAGCGCGUUGUGCUGUCACGGGCACCCAGAUGUCGCCGCCAGAGAAGGAGCGCGACGUGGAGAAGCCGUUCCUCUUGUUCAUGUUCUUCAUUGCUGGGUCUUUCACCUAUGGAGCUUUGUUGGUCUAUCCACUCUACCAAGCCCUAGCGAAGGCCAAAGGACAGGAGGAGGUCGAUGCUGCACAGGGUGGUCUCAUUUUGAUGGUGGCAAAGUACUUGUCCAUCUUCACACACAAUAUCUUCAGCCGAUGCUGGACAACCUUACGAGGGCUUCAACUCCAAGUGUCUUGCUAUCUUCUUUUUGGAACUGUGAGCUUGGGCAUUGCAGCAGUGUCCACAGUCCCUCAGGCGGCGACAUUGAUGCUAGUAGCAUCGCUGUAUUUCACCAACUCCAACGUGAUUGCUGGCCCUUUGUGGCCAGUUCCUUCAGAAGAGCGGAGCAAGAUCAGAAUGCUUUUCUAUUAUGCUUGCUGUCCAGCUGGAUGCUUGUGGACAGCUUUGGCAUCAAUGUGCCUUGCAAGGGAGGAAUACAGGGGCUCUUGGUUCUUGCGUGCUGCUGUAGUGGUUUUACCAUUGCUGGUCACACUGAUCAGCUGGUUAAUGCUGCCUGCCGAUGGCUUCUGGAGCCCCGAGCGCAUGAAACAAGCGCAGGAAGAAAUGGAACAACAGAUAGCAGAGGAGAAAAGGCUGGAGGAAAAGCAAGAGAUAAAGAAAAAGGAGAAGGAGAAGAAGAAAGUGAGACUUUUUAAGGAUGAUGAUCAGAAAAUCGUGGAGGAAGAGGAGGAGGAGAAGGGGGAGGAGGAGGAGGAAGCUGUUGGAGCUAAUGAGGACAACAAUUCUGGAGCAAAGGAGGCAUCUAAAGAAGUAGAAGCAGAGGAGCAAGGCGGCGGCCUGCGUAUUGUGAUGGAAGUGCCGCCACUACCACCACAGAUACCAGACGAUUUGAGCACACUUUCAGGUAAAGGGUCGUCGAAAACGAGCAGUGCCAUUUCUUCUUUGCCUUUGGGACUUUACAAGAAAAUGACGAUCAUGCCGCCCCCCAUGGAAGGUUUGCAUCAUCUCCCACGUCUCAGCGCUGCAGCACGAGCCAGUCAUAGGCGAAGCCGCCGCCUUUCUUCGAGCGCACCGUGUCGAUCAUCCCGGUUUUCGGCCAGAAGCCAGGAGUCUACAGCUCGCAGACGCUCUACCAUGCAACAGGUCAGGGCGACUUUCAAAGACAGGAAGACAGCUGUUGCCAGGAUGAGCUUCUUCACCCCGAUGAACCCAAUCUUGCAACGCGAGCUGGGCAGUAUAAGAUAUGAUCGUCCCAAUCGUGCUGCCAUUUACCCGGGUCCAAUGUUCGAUUUUGACUUCAAGGAAUUCGAAGAUCCGGAGGCUGAGAAGCAAAGUCCAUGGAGAAAUGGCCGCUUUCGAGUUCUUGUUGGAACCCACUGCGCAUGUCUUUACUGCGUCACCUUCUGGGGCUACAGCGUUUUUCCCAUGCUCAUCAGUGAGCAAGGUCCCUCUUUGGAACUCAUAAGCUUCUUGUAUUCCUUGGAAGGUGCAGCCCAGGUGAUUUGUACGAUUCUGGUGAUGCCAUUCUUGGAUUCCCAGAUCUUCCUAAAGUACUUCUCCACCGCCUUCUUGCUUCUUUUCAGCGCUCCACUAGCCGUGUGUUUGUUGGGGAAGAUCCAUUGGUUCUUCUACCUGCUCACCUUGCUACUUGUGGACGUCCUUCUGUGCGUUUGCAAUGCACUUCUUGGCGUGGUUGUUCUUCGUAGCUUGCCAUGGGAUCAGAUCCUGGUGUUUUACAACAUUGCAUGCACGUUGGGCGGGGUUUUGUCCGGAACCUCCUUUGUGCAAAUGCCAUUGAAGGCUUUGGUUGGAAGCUGGGAAUUGGCAUCAGUGAUUGGCCAUGGUGUGCCUCUUCUUCUCCUGCUACUUUUCUAUUUGAUGCAUCUUCCAGCUUUGAAGGAGCUGUGGGAACUUUUGCUUCAACCUGUGCGACGCACAAACCAUGGGGAGUGGGAUCCAGAGGACUUGGAGGAAGAGGAAGAGGAUGAGCAAGCAGAAGAGCCACCCUCGUUGCUGACAGACGAGUCCAACAAGGGGUGCCGUGAUGGGUGUUUGGAGUGAUAGCUGCUUUCACCAUGUCCGCGUGGAUAGAUAGUCUUGAGAAACAGCAAAGCUUGGAACGCCACUAUGAUUUGCUUUGUGUUCGUUCCCAUUGGUAAAGGUAAUCUGUUGAAGAAAGCAUGCGAUUUCACUGUCAUAUUCAGUUUUUCAGGGCGUCCACUCACAACAAGAAGUGUCCCGCCCUGCUCUUUGUACAGCCGAUGCAAUUUGACUUGCCUGACCGGAUGUCAUUGUCAUGACCUAUGGUUCACAUGUUUUGCUAGAAUGCUUUGAAUCCAGGUCAGGCUGGAAUCCAGAGAUCCAACUUUUUGUUUGCAGAAUUGUCAAGCAAUUUUGCGUGCACGUCACGGACGUCAGCUCAUGAUUGGCUGCCGAGCUUGUCGGCAGCGACACGAGCGAGAAGGCGUGAAGACCCCCACAGGAGGUGCAGGUUGUGGGCAGCUUUGCUG